CGAACACCUUCCCGAACGCCUGCUGCUUUCAGCUCCAUCGCAAUAUAUCACGAACAUUUAUCUGACCAGCGAGGUUCUCUUGUACCAGUGUUGUCUCCGUGAUUACACAGUCUGAGUCUCCUGCGGGAUGUUACUCAAGUUGGACGUUUGAGCCGAAUGUGAGGGAGCCGCGCAAUGCCUUCGGAGGUCGGCAGCGGGCACUGGUACUCCGGCUGGCCGGGAAAAGAUGGGGCGCGCAGGGUGCGGGCGGUGAGCGCUCGACGGACUUGGACUGUGCUAUCAUCUGGGUCUACACGUCGGUGCGAAGCAGAACUUCCGAGGAAACCUGCCACGGUCUUUGGUUAAGAGCGCGAAUUCGGAUACCUUCAUUGAAGCGCAGCAAACAUGGUCAGCGACCGACUAGAGGAUGCCUUUCCGGGUCUCCCGCAGGAGCUGUUCGAGCACAUCCUCAGCCUGACAGAUACAGCAACCUGCAUAACUCUUGGGCUUGUAUGCCAUGCUCUCGUAGAGCCAAGUCGUCGACGCGCCUUCCAGCGGCUCAGGAUGCACCGCAUGAACACCCCUGCAGGCGUCGCAUCCUUCCGCGCACUUGACAAACUGCUCGAAUCACCACUCUGCACGCUCACGCCCCAUAUUCGCUGGGUGGCACUCGACAAGCCUCCGCCCUUCGACAAAAACAUCAAGGAGGUACUCACGUGCUUCCAAGGCCUGCCCAACCUGUCCACUCUCCGGAUUGAGGCGCCGACGAACGAUCUAUCCUCGGGCCUCAUCGACGUGGCGCCCUUCGUGUGCCGCCUCCCAGCGCUGACGAGCCUCACUCUGAGCCACGUUGGCUUCCUCACCUUCGCCGGCUUCGCAUCCACUAUCUGCGCGCUCCCCCAGCUCGAGAUCCUUUCUCUCUACCAAAUACGCGUGGGGUACACCAACGGGCUCGCCGCCUCUCCCGCAGCGCCCCAGCCACAGGAUACGCUCGCGCUAGCGAAUCUGCGCGUCUUGCGUUGCUACAUGACGGACGAGUGCAUCGCCUUUCAGCGCGAGUUUCUGGCGUGGGCAGCGGCGCUAGGCGUGCGUCCUCCGAUUCGGCGCCUGCAGGGGUGCCCGUCGUGGGGGGACUGGGGGAUGGCGUCGAUAGCGGCGGCGUUCAUGAGCGGGCUGGCGGAGACGCUGACGACGCUGGCGGUCCAUGCCAUUGAACGGAUAAAUUUCACGUCGACGGAUCUGCAACUCUUCGACUUUGCGCACAUGCCUCAUCUGCGCUCCAUCAUCGUCGAGCCCGUGCGCCUGACAUGGCACGAAGUGAGCGAUCUGGGCAGCCGAUUGCUGGACUUCAUCAGUCUGGCGCUCACGGCACCGGCGCUGCGCAAGCUCACUAUCGCGCUCGUGUUUGACCGCGAGGACGCGAUGAAGGUGUUCGAUAACUUCAUGGACUGGGCGGAGCUGGAUAGCCGUGCGGCGCAUGCGAAGCAGAUGGAGGAGCUGCAGUUCGUGUUGGGCGGGUGCUCGAAGGCGCUGCAGCGGCAGGGGACCUACCAUACGGCCGAGCAGCGUCUCCGACAUAUGAUGCCUCGGACGGGAGAGAAAAGUGUCUUGACGAUUCAAAUGCCUCGCGACGCUCGUGAGGCAUCGCGAGACAUAAUAGCAGAAGAAAAGCUUGAAGCCUUGAUAUACUCGACCAUGUUCUCAUAGUACAGUCGACAUCCUAUGAAAUAUUCAUUUGUCUCUUUAGAUUGUUACAGGCAAUGGCUUGGACUUCAG